AGGCGCAGCGGAACUUUUGCUGCGGGGUCCCUUCUUUUUUCAUUCCUAACACAGUUUUGGAUUUUCACCUGUACUGGACUGAUUACAUUAUGUUAAAAAUGACAGAGGAGCAUGAAAAGUCGCUCAACGACCAGCCGUGCAGUCCAUCAGGGACAAACAGCUCCAUGUCUCAGGACGAGUCCGACUCCGACGCGCCGUCCUCGCCAACGGGCUCCGACGGUCACGGAUCCCUCCUCAGCGGUUUGGGAAAGAAGCUGGACUCCGAGGACGAUGAGCGCUUCCCAGCCUGCAUACGGGACGCGGUCUCGCAGGUCCUUAAGGGAUACGAUUGGUCCCUGGUCCCGAUGCCAGUGCGAGGGAACGGAUCUCUGAAGAACAAACCGCACGUCAAGAGACCCAUGAAUGCGUUCAUGGUGUGGGCACAGGCGGCCCGCAGGAAGCUGGCGGAUCAGUACCCACAUCUGCACAAUGCUGAGCUGAGCAAGACACUGGGAAAACUCUGGCGCCUGCUUUCUGAAAGUGAGAAGAGGCCCUUCGUAGAUGAAGCAGAGCGACUGAGAGUUCAGCACAAAAAAGAUCAUCCAGACUAUAAGUACCAGCCACGGCGACGGAAGAAUGUGAAACCAGGGCAGAGCGACUCAGAUUCAGGGGCAGAGUUGGCACAUCACAUGUACAAAGCUGAGCCAGGGAUGGGGGGGCUGGCAGGAAUGCCUGAUGGACACCACCACCCUGAACAUGCAGGGCAGCCUCAUGGACCACCUACACCACCCACCACCCCAAAAACAGAGCUCCACCAUGGAGCUAAGCAGGACCUGAAGCAUGAAGGCCGCCGCCUUGCCGACAGCAGCAGGCAGAAUAUUGACUUCAGCAAUGUGGACAUCAACGAGCUGAGCACUGAUGUCAUCAGCAACAUGGAGACCUUUGAUGUUCAUGAGUUUGACCAGUACCUCCCGCUGAAUGGCCCAGCGUCGGGCUCCGCUGCCUUAUCCUCAGAUCACAGUCAUGGGCCGGUUCCAGUCUCCGGCAGCUCCUACGCUUCCUCGUACGGCAGUGGUGUUUCAUCCUGGAGCCGAAAGUGCGGCAUGUCCUCCACUUCUCCCCCAGCCAGCGAGGUCAGCCAGCACCGCCUCCACAUAAAAACAGAGCAGCUGAGCCCCAGCCACUACAGUGAGCACUCCCAUGGGUCACCGUCGCACUCUGAUUACAGCUCCUACAGCAGCCAAGCCUGCGUCACCUCGGCCACUUCGGCCGCCUCGGGUGCUGCGUCUUUCUCCAGCUCCCAGUGUGACUAUACCGACCUGCAGAGCUCUAACUAUUACAGUCCUUACUCUGGCUAUCCCUCCAGCCUCUAUCAGUACCCCUACUUCCACUCAUCUAGGCGGCCCUACAGCAGCCCGAUCCUGAAUAGUCUAUCCAUGGCUCCGGCCCACAGUCCCACUGCCCCCAGUUGGGACCAGCCCGUCUACACUACUCUGUCUCGACCUUAA